AUCUGCACGCUUGCUCUGCAUCCAGGACACUUGCUAACAUGUCUACGAAGGCAGAGCAAUUUGGCUCUAAGAUUCGAUACUUGCAAGAGUAUCACAACCGUGUGCUUCACAAUAUUUACCCAGUGCCAUCGGGAACAGACAUUGCAAACACUCUGAAAUACUUUUCCCAGACGCUGCUCAGGGCUGACAUGUGUAGCUUUGAUAAGAGACAGUGUGAGAAAUACUACACCAUCCUGUUACACAAACACCCUCCACAUCCCUCCACGAACAUGAGACAUUGCUUUCGAAACCAGUGUGAUGAUAUUCUCAGCACUUUACCCUACACCAUGAUCUCCACUUUAGCCACCUUCCCUCCUUUCCUGCACAAAGACAUCAUAGAGUACCUGAGCACGUCCUUCCUGCCCAUGGCCAUUUUGGGUUCGACUCGAAGAGAGGGUGGCAUUCCAGCAUAUGUCAAUCUGUCUGCCUCCUCCAUGCUGAUGGUCACCAUGCAGUACACUUCAAAUCCAGUGUACCACUGUCAGCUUUUGGAGUGUCUCAUGAAAUACAAGCAGGAGGUGUGGAAGGAUCUUCUGUACGUCAUAUCCUACGGCCCGUCCCAAGUCAAACCUCCAGCUGUUCAAAUGCUCUUCCAUUACUGGCCCAACCUGAAGCCUCCCGGUGCCAUCAGUGAGUACAGAGGCCUGCAGUACACAGCCUGGAACCCCAUUCACUGCCAACACCUCGAGUGUCAGAACUCUAUUAAUAAGCCAGCGGUGAAGAUGUGCAUUGAUCCAACGCUCUCGGUCGCGCUGGGUGACAAACCUCCACCGUUACACAUCUGUGAGGAGUGCAGCCAGAGGAUCGCUGGGUAA